AUGUGCGGCCGCCUAUGGCUGGGCCUGGCGUGGCUAUUGCUGGCACGGGCGCCCGGCGCCGCGGGGACACCAAACACUCCGCGGAGACCGCGCAGCUACCCGCACCUGGAGGGCGACGUGCGUUGGCGGCGUCUCUUCUCUUCAACCCACUUCUUCCUGCUCGUGGACUCCAGCGGCCGCGUGCAAGGCACCCGCUGGCGCGACAACCCUGACAGCGUCCUGGAGAUCCGAUCCAUCCGCGUGGGCGUCGUGGCGCUCAAGGCGGUGCACAGUGGCUUCUAUGUGGCCAUGAACCGCCUUGGCAGACUCUAUGGGUCGGUUCCGGGAGCGUAUCGAGGAGAACGGCUACAACACCUAUGCGUCAGUCCGCUGGCGCCACCAAGGCCGGCCCAUGUUCCUGGCUCUGGACGGUCGGGGCGCCCCGAGGCUCGGGGGCCGCACACAGCGACACCACCCGUCCACGCUCUUCCUGCCCGUCCUGGUCUCCUGAGUCCCAGGGUCAGUGACGCCUGGUCCGAGAUUCCAGGAGACGUGAGGUUGGGGAAGGCGGGGUUUGGGGAGAGCCCGUGUCCAGUUACUCACUGGUUUCACCUGCAUUGA